AUGAUGAACGAGGACGAGAGGUACGACGAUGCCACCCUCGAGAAUACCAAAACCUCCAAGCGAGACCGACUCAAGGGCGCCCUCGCCCGCACAAAGAGCAAAUUCAAAAAACACGGUGACAAAGGUGAAGAGGCGGGCAAGGUGCUCAGUGAUGAUGUGAAUGACUUCCUGUCAGCUGGGAGACCCUCUACAUCGAGUUGGACAUCUGGAGGAGAUACACUACCACGCCACCCCAUGACAGACCUCUCAUCGUCAGGAACCACUCUAGACCAGCGCUCGCCGAGACCAUCGACCUCUGAUUCAUUUGCCACACCGAAGCAGUCACCGAGACGGAUACCUGUGCCUCGAAUCGAUGUGUCCAACUCACAAAGAUGGCCUGGUGCCCAGCCGAUUGGGAAUCAGAAUUCAGAAGAUGGACCGGAGUUUCUUCGUCCCGAAUACCAGGCACGCAGUCAGUCAGUCAGCUCACUGUCGAAAAGGAAAGGGCGUGGGAGAGGUCUAAGCGUCAGCUUUAUCGAAGCCCCUCCCGUCAUUAUCGGCGAAGGAGGUGAUGAUGCUCCAAAGCCUCCUGUCGAGAUUUCCAAGGCGAGAGCGAGGGCAAGAUCUGUCUCACCGAUGACCAGUCGUUCUCAGUCACAAGCUCCCAGCACAACGGACCGCCCAGCUCCUAUCAAUGGCUCGCCUUCACUACACCAUGUUGCCCCUCGACAUGAACAUGGACCACCGGACGUCCUCCGUCCCCGGACUCUGCAAAGAGUCCAGACAGGGUUGUCAUCACCAAGUCCAUCUGGAUUGUCGGGCUUGGACAAGGAGUUUGACAUGACUUUACGACUCGGAUCAGGAGUCAGCUCGCCGGAAAGCGCAGGCGCCUCCCCGAUCACUCCUGAGAUCGUCGCUCCGAAGCCCGUACGCCCUGUUCAUCCACCACCGCCGGUCUUUGAAUCGGCAGAGCCACCUGGGCUGAAAAAGGAAAUACCGAGCGCGAAUUUGCGGAAGCAAUUUCGAGAGGGAGAUGCCCUCAAAAUGCAUCACGACCUCGAAACCCCCGAUCCCUUCGAAGAUCCAAGUCCCGGGGCUGCAUCUAGCAGGGGGGUCAGCCCUGAAGAGCAGCGAUCGUCUCGACGGAUUUGA